CUCACGCUUCUCCCUCCUCGCCCUCAAGUCGGAGUGCUGUUUGUGUUGUUGGUGAAAGGUGAGGGAAACAGCUGAUCCGUCUGUGGGAAGGCACAUUUCCCAAGGGCACGAUGGAAGAAUCAUCCCUAAGCCGGGCAUCAUCCCGGGGUGGAGUCAACUUUCUGAAUGUGGCCAGGACCUAUAUCCCCAAUACCAAGGUGGAGUGUCAUUACACCCUUCCCCCAGGCACCAUGCCUAGUGCCAGCGACUGGAUUGGCAUCUUCAAGGUAGAAGCUGGCUGUGUUCGGGAUUACCAUACAUUUGUGUGGUCUUCAGUGCCUGAAAGCACAGCUGAUGGUUCACCUAUCCAUGCCAGUGUCCAGUUCCAAGCCAGCUACCUGCCCAGACCAGGAGCCCAGCUUUACCAGUUCCGAUACGUGAACCGCCAGGGCCGGGUGUGUGGGCGGAGCCCUCCUUUCCAGUUCCGAGAGCCAAGGCCCAUGGAUGAACUGGUCACCCUGGAGGAGGCUGAUGGUGGCUCUGACAUGCUGCUGGUUGUCCCCAAGGCAACUGUGCUACAGAACCAGCUGGACGAGAGCCAGCAGGAGCGGAACGACCUGAUGCAGGUGAAGUUGCAGCUGGAGGGCGAGGUGACAGAGCUGAGGAGCCGGGUGCAGGAGCUGGAGGCCACACUGGCCGCUGCCAGGCAGGAGCGGGCGGAGCUGCUGGAGCAGUACAAGGGGCUUUCCCGGUCCCACGGAGAGCUCACCGAAGAGAGGGACGUUCUGAGCCGGCAACAGGGAGACCAUGUGGCUCGGAUCCUGGAGCUGGAAGAGGACAUCCAGACCAUCAGUGAGAAGGUGCUGACAAAGGAGGUGGAGCUGGACAGGGUCAGAGACACCGUGAAGGCCCUGACUCGGGAACAAGAGAAGCUCCUUGGGCAACUGAAGGACGUCCACGCAGACAAGGAGCAAAGCGAGACUGCACUCCACAAGGCAGAACAGGAGAUCCGUCGCUUGAAUGUGGAGCUGCAGGAGGCCAAGGCCCAGCAGGAGGAGAAGGGUGCUCAGGCCAAGAGACUGAAGGACAAGGUGGCCCAGAUGAAGGACACCCUAGGCCAGGCCCAGAAGCGAGUGGCUGAGCUGGAGCCCUUGAAGGAGCAGCUUCGAGGGUCCCAGGAGCUGGCAGCUUCAAGCCAGCAGAAAGCUGCCCUUCUGGGGGAGGAGCUGGCCAGUGCAGCAGGAGCCAGGGACCGCACCAUCGCCGAGCUCCACCGCAGCCGCCUGGAAGUGGCUGAAGUCAACGGCAGGCUCUCAGAGCUCAGUCUGCACUUGAAGGAGGAAAAAAGCCAGUGGAGCAAGGAGAGGGCAGGGAUGCUGCAGAAUAUGGAGGCAGAGAAGGACAAGAUCCUGAAGCUGAGUGCAGAGAUCCUUCGCCUGGAGAAGGCAGUUCAGGAGGAACAGAGUCAGCUUCAAGUCCUCAAGACAGAACUGGCCCAGGAAAAGGACUCUAGCCUGGUGCAGUUGUCAGAGAGUAAGCGGGAGCUGACAGAGCUGCGCUCAGCCCUGCGAGUGUUCCAGAAGGAAAAGGAGCAGCUGCAAGAGGAGAAGCAGGAGCUGCUGGAGUACAUGCGGAAGCUGGAGGCCCGCCUGGAGAAGGUGGCAGAUGAGAAAUGGAACGAAGACGCUGCCACAGAGGAUGAGGAGGCUGCAGCAGGACUGAGCUGCCCGACUGCUCUGACAGACUCCGAGGACGAGUCUCCGGAAGACAUGAGGCUCCCGGCCUAUGGCCUGUGCGAGCCUGGAGAGCCAGGCUCCUCCCCGGCUUCUUCCCUAGUUGUCAUCAGCCAGCCAGCCCCCAUUGCUCCCCACCUCUCGGGGCCAGCUGAGGACAGUAGCUCUGACUCGGAGGCUGAAGAUGAGAAGUUGGUCCUCCUGGCAGCCGUGCAGAAUGGGGGUGAAGAAGCCAAUCUGCUGCUUCCUGAGCUGGGCAGUGCCUUCUAUGACAUGGGCAGACAGGGGUCCUUCUUGGAAGCAGUGGCUGAAUGUACUCCCGAAAGCAGUUGUGGAGGAAGCAGGAUGAAGGAGGCCUUCGCCUAUGGAAAUAGCACCAUCCACUCGUAGCCCGGGCUGCCUCUCCCUCUCCCCAGCCCUGAUGCCAAGGCACCCCCACUCACACACACUCACACCCCUACCCGCCCACCCGUAGCUGAGGUUUGUUUGCCUUUGUCGACUUGCGUGUUCUCUGAAGGUCAGCCUGCACCCAGGCAGCAGCGUGGACACAGUGACCUCUGUCGGUUCUAAGUGUCCUGGGUUCCUUCCUGCCGUGCCCACGAGCCCCCCCCCCAUCCUCUCCCCACAGCAGUAGACCAUUACGGUGGGAGGGGUGUCUUUGAUACUUUGGAGGUUCCCGGGCUUUAUCUCCUGCCCCUCCCCCCAGCAUCCUCACAGAGAAAGAAAGAAUGCUCUCUUGUGCCUUCUGUGAGGGGGGGAGCAAGUGGUCCCAGGUGAGGUGUCCCCCUUCUCAGCACCUCCUCUUCCUCCGGGUCCCCCUCCCACAGCAAUAAAACUUCCCCUCGGAUUUCCCUCCCCGCUGCCUGUAGUAUAGACAGAUAUAUUUAUAUGAUAUGUAUAACUAUUCUAAUAAAAUGUGUUCUUACCAUG